GCUCCCAGUUGCCCUAAAAGCUUUAUCCAUCACCAAUGGCGCUCGACAACUGUAUACAACUGAGCACCGCCGCCGCCAUGUAUGGCACCACUUCCAUCCCCAAAUCUCACCCAUUCUCUUCCACUUUCCACCAAAAGCCAACUCUCUCCCUUCAACGCUUCAACAAAUUCCCCACUUCCACGGCGCGAUUCAAGUCCUUCUCUCCUUCCACCUCCGUCUCCACUUUCGGCAAAUCCCGCUCCGUCACCUGUAAAGCUCGCGGCGCCGUUGACGACGUGAAGGAGGUUACAGAGUCGAGCUGGAAUGAGUUGGUGGUGGAGAGUGAAAAGACGGUGCUGGUGGAAUUUUGGGCGCCGUGGUGUGGACCGUGCAAGAUGAUUGAGCCAGUGAUUAGGGAAUUGGCGCAGGAUUAUGCAGGGAAAAUCGUGUGUUUGAAGCUCAAUACAGACGCCAGCCCAAAUGUAGCCUCGAAAUAUGGGAUUAGAAGCAUUCCCACAGUUCUGUUCUUCAAGAAUGGACAGAAGAGAGAGGGCGUCAUUGGGGCUGUACCCAAAUCCACCUUGUCCGCCUCCAUUGAUAAGUAUCUCGAGGUUUGAAGAAUCCCAUUCAUUAGAGAUGGUUUUCGAAUCUUCUUCUUCCUCUUCUUCUUGUUGUUCAUCUUGUAUAUGAAUAUCAUCAUCAUGUUGUGUAAAAAUUGGAAAACUCAUAAUCGUUUCAUCAAGAAUCUCUUCUUUAAUUCUCUGUUUGAGUUUGU